GUAUGUAGAUAUUUUCGAGAUAGUACCAGAAAUUCUACGAAGAACAAUAUUGCGUUUGGCUGUUGGCGAAAGCUGUUGAACAUUAAUUAAAAAUAUAUUUUUUUAUAUUAUCAUUGCUAAUAAACUCUGACGAGUCAUUAGUAAUACCUGAUGCUCAUCUAAUAUCUCGGAAGUUACUAAAUGAAUGAGAAGUGGAUAAUUUUUUUAUUACUACUACCUGUCCUUUUGUUUUUGUAUUUGAAUGGAUCCUAAAAAUGGUUUUAAAGAUUAAAUUAUUUUAUUUUAGAAAUAACGAAAGGAAAUAGUGAAAGAGUUUCUUUCUUAACGUUUAAGAAAAUAUUUCGAUUGUGUUGUUAACAGUAUGGUGUUCGUGACGUGGAAGUACAGGUUAUGAAAGGCGCGGAUCAUUUCAAAUGAUUCAGUACAUUUUUCUGUUUAAGCUUUCGUAGUUGUACAACUGUACUCAGAUUUUAUUUAUCAUCCAACUGUGGUAAAAUGUUUGAAAUUACAGAUUUACAAAAGAUUGGUGUUGGGCUUGCUGGAUUUGGAGUGUCUUUUCUCUUUCUCGGUGUGCUACUGCUGUUUGACAAAGGUCUUUUAGCCAUAGGAAAUAUCCUGUUCAUUGCUGGCCUGGCCUGCGUGAUUGGACUGGAGCGCACCUUCCGAUUCUUCUUCCAGAAGCACAAAGUCAAAGCAACGGUGUGCUUCUUUGGUGGGAUAGUGAUUGUGCUGUUGGGCUGGCCCCUCAUUGGCAUGCUGUUCGAAACAUAUGGCUUUGUUCUUCUGUUCAGUGGCUUCUUCCCAGUCGCCAUCAACUUCCUCCGGAGGGUGCCUGUUCUCGGAACUUUUCUCAGUCUCCCGGGCAUCAGAACGGUGCUGGACCGGCUGGCGGGCGACACUAGCCGCACGACCGUAUGAGAGUGAAGUGGCUGCAGCGGUGACGGUACCUGCUGCAUGCGAGUCGACGAGCGAGCCUUCAUCUGUAGCUUGGCUUGGACGCUGCGUGUUGAUGCAAGCAGUGGUUUGAAAGUGUACAUUUAACGUCUUGCAAAGCCCAACUGUUUUUCAGUGUUUUUUACCAGUUUUCCAACCUGGCCGUUGGAAAUAUUCCCGUGUGACGAUUUUUACAAAAUAAAUUUAUAAAUGUGGCAACUAGGUACAUUUUGAACAAUUUUUUUUUGGCUGUGCCAAAACAGAUAUAUUUUUUAUGUAUUUAUACAAAUAGUUUCUUUGGGAUUUAGUUUAGCAUUAAUACAUUAAAGUAUUUACUUAAAAUUUGUAUUCGGACAAUACUUUCUCACCAGAAUGUGCAACUAAUUUAACAUCUUUCUCUUAUGUAACCAAAAUUUCUUGUUUCCACUUCAACCCAUCACAAAUAUGGCAAAAACUUUUUUUUUUAAGGGGUUAUGAACAAAUUUUACAGAAUACCAAAAAUUGUAUUUCACAUUUAUAAAUGAUGCAGUGGAACUUGAAACUGUUUGUGUAACUUGUAGGUAUGUGUUAAUAUACAAAGCAUAAUAAUGGGGUAUUAGGCUAAUAUUGAAUUCAUGAACCAACUAGUCAUGAUAUAUAACAUCUUUGCAGAAUAAUUAUUGUAGAGUUAAUUUUUGGGGUUCUUAUAGAGGUUUCCAAUUUGUAAUUUUGUAGCAUAAUCACAGGAAACUAUAAUUUUCAGUACACAUGCUUUUGUUGUGACUUCCAUUCAUUAAUAUGAUGCAAAGAUAGAAAGAUCUGUAAUUGGAAGUACACUUAUGUGUGCACAUAGUUCUGAAAUGUAUGUAUCUGUCAUCGUUGCUAUCCACUGCCGUUUCCUGCCUUCAGCCUGGUCCGCAAUCCCCGGCCACUUUCUCUUAGCUAAGUCAUUUACCAUGUAUGUGUGUUACAUUUUCCCUAUUAUUUUAGAAACAAAGUUCAGUUUUAUGUAUAUACAUGCCUGGUUCACCUUUCUUUUAAAUUCUAAUUCGAAUGGAUGUGGAAAAGAAGAUGGAAAUCACAACUGUGCUGGCUGGGCCGCACUUACUGUAGUUACAAAAGAGACGUAAAAGAAAUGUGUAUUUGUAUCUGACCAGUAUCUGUGUUUGUGUGUGUCUGUACAACAAAUGUAAACUGCCUGCUUUUCAGUUAUGGUGUGGUUUUUUUGUGCAAAUCGUUAAGUUAGGAAAAUGGUAAACAUAUUUUCAUCCCUCGAUUUUGUAUGUAGUUAACUUUUCUUGAGUGAAACUUUUCUUGAGUGAAAAUGACUAAGAUCCAUGUGCAAUAUUAAUAAUUCCAUUUGAAAACUGUAUGUAUAUUAUGAUUAGGCAUGUGUGUACCAGUUUGCACCAUCAGCAUUGGUGCGGACUGAUGCCCUGGACGGUACUGGUUUUACAUGCCCAAUGAAGUUCGACAGUUCUUGUUCAUUCCCACAUCACCCACUACAAUAGAAGUUGUAUUGAGCUAUGAAAGAUACAGCUUGUGUGUGUCUUAAAGUUGUUAAAUUCACAAUAUACAGUCUGCCGGUCACACAACGGUAUAAUAGAAACAAGUUAAUGAGUUACAGUCACAUUUACAUGGUAGACAGAUAUACAAAAGAAAAAAAAUGUUAUGCAUAUUUAAAUAAUUUAUUGUGCCAUAAUUUAUAAGGAAAGAACCAACACAAUGAUGCCAUUUUGACCACUAUGCUUUGAGCUGUUCUCAUCUCGGAUCAUACUUGAGCACAGAUCCUUGAAUCAAUUUGCUUGUAUCACUUUAUACAAUUAUUGGCAUUUAACAUAAAUAUCAAUUAAUUAAUUAGGAUAUUCUUGUUGGAUUAGUGUUCAAAAUUUACUUUUAUAAUGCAUUUAUAAAAUUCUGGUACAAAUAGGCCUAGUGUUAAAAUAAUACUAUUACUAAUACAGAUACAUAAUAUAAUUAAUUUAUCCAAUUCCUGUGGGCUGUCAGGAAAUAUCAGUGAUAAGUUUUGAAAUUAGUGGAUAUGCAUUUUGUGUCAACAAGUAAAGUUUUUCAUUUUUUUUGUUAUAUAUUCCUUUUAUAAAAAGUGAAAACCUAUUUAUAAGAUACCAUGGUUUUAUAUAAUAUGUACAGUGUACAUAUCCUUUUAUUUUUUUCCAAAAUAAAAAUAUCAAAAAGUAA